AUGGACUCUUUCAUGAAUCUUGCGAAGCAAGGCCUUGCCGCCUACCAGGAGUCGCAGUCGCAAUCGGACGUUUCGAAAACAGGCGGACAAGAAUACAAUUCUCCGCAUAACUCCGCCUCUGGUGGCUACGGGAGUCCGAACAUCGACCACGACGAGGCCGUCCGUACUGCCCAGGAGAAGGGAUCGGGGGGGUCUGAUCUCUUCACUUCUGCGCUGGGUUUCCUCUCCAGCAACAAGCAACAACAAAACGAACCCGUUGACGAGGACAGCGUCACCCGUGCCCACGACAAGGCCUACAACAGCGGUGACACAAGCAACAUGAGUGCUCAUUCCCUCGGUAGUGCCGCAGCGCUUCAGGUCCUUAAGCAGUUCACCUCCGGAUCCGGAAGCUCCAGUGGUGGUAAGAGUGGCUCCCAGACGCAGUUGAUCAGUCUCGCGAUGGCGGAGGCUACGAAGCUGUUCGACAAGUCCGGCGGCACCGCUUCCGGUAACAAGCAGGAUGCCGUCAAUGGUGCUGCGAUGACGGUAAUGAAGCUUUUGGUCCAGUCGAAGCUCAGUGGUGGUGGCAGCACCAUUGGCGGUGGAGACUCGGGUGGUCUGUCAGGGCUCAUGAAGCUUUUUGCGAAAUGA